AUGGUUGGAGCGCACACAGAUUCUCCAUGUCUGCGAGUCAAACCUGCCAGUAAAAGGCAAGCAGAGGGUUUCUUGCAGGUUGGCGUUGAGACAUAUGGAGGCGGUAUAUGGCAUACCUGGUUCGACCGUGAUUUGAGUGUCGCGGGAAGACUGAUGAUCAAAUCAAAAGACGGUGACUUCGUGCAGAAACUUGUCAAAAUCAACCGUCCAAUCCUUCGUAUACCCACGCUUGCAAUACACCUUGAAAGACAGGAGACUUUCUCCUUCAACAAGGAGACUCAACUGUUUCCCAUCGCUGGGCUUGUGGCAGCAGAAUUAGACCGCAAAGCCAAGAACGACCAGCGGAGUGAAGAAGCCACGGACGUCGAGGGUUCCAAUGAGCCGAACAAGCCUUUGACCAGCCAUCACCCAUACCUUGUCGAGCUUCUGGCCAGCGAAUGCAAAGCGGAGCCUGAUGAAGUCAUCGACUUUGAAUUAGUGCUCUACGAUACGCAGAAAUCCUGUGUUGGUGGAUUGAACGAAGAGCUCAUGUUCUCGCCCCGUCUUGAUAACCUCUGCAUGUCCUAUUGCAGUGUCAUGGCUCUUAUUCAUAGCGUGGCAACUCCCGAGGCGCUUGCCAAUGAAUCGUCUAUUCGACUGAUAGCCCUCUUCGACCACGAAGAAAUUGGCAGCAACACGGCGCAGGGCGCGGAUUCUAACGUGAUGCCCAGCAUCCUACGACGCUUGUCCGUGCUUGGAGCCGACGAUCCAGAGACCACAGCAUAUGAACAGAGUCUCGCUUCGUCCUUCCUGGUCUCUGCAGACAUGGCUCAUUCCGUAAAUCCAAACUUUGCCGCAAAGUAUGAGUCCGAUCAUAAGCCGGAGAUGAACAAGGGAGUCGUUAUAAAGGUCAAUGCCAAUGCGCGCUAUGCCACUAAUUCGCCAGGCAUCGUUUUGUUGAGAGAGAUUGCAAGUCGGGCCCAGGUCCCACUGCAGUCUUUUGUUGUCCGCAACGAUUCGAGCUGCGGUAGCACGAUAGGGCCAAUGCUAGCCGCCGCUCUCGGAACCAGGACACUGGACUUGGGUAAUCCACAGUUAAGUAUGCAUAGCAUUCGAGAGACAGGAGGGGUGUACGACGUCGAUUAUGCCAUUCAACUGUUCAAAGGGUUCUUCGAGCACUACUCGGAAUUAGAGAAGAAGAUCAUCGUUGACUGA